AUGGAACUACAAAAUAUCAGUAAGCCUGAUGAGGCUGCGCAAAAGUUCGCUCACUCGCAAGAACAGCCAAUAGCCGAUGCAGAAUCCGAAGCCGCCGCGCAAGGCGACGGAAUGUCAGAAAACAUUCAUAGCCUGAACGGGAUCAGAUUUGCCCUGUUAUUUACAUGUAUCCUUCUUGGAAGUUUCUUCAUUGGCUAUGAUACCAGCUGCAUUGCGACAUUGACCCCAGCAAUCACCGACCAAUUUCAUGCGCUGAAUAACCUUGGAUGGUAUCAAAUAGCAUAUCUGCUUGCAGGAUCUGCAACAAUGUUGAUUUACGGACAACUAUACUCAUCCUAUUCGAUGAAGACGCUCUACAUGGCCUCAUUUUCUGUCUUCGUUCUUGGCUCCGUACUAUCCGCCGCAGCUCCAACAUCUCCAGUUUUUAUUCUUGGGCGUGCACUAAGUGGCUUGGGAGCAGCAGGCAUAUUAGCGGGUAUGAAUAUUAUUAUCGCACAUACGACAACACUCCAGCAGCGGCCUAUAUAUUCGGCGAUCGCUGGCGGUGUAGAAUGUAUCGCUCUGGCGUUUGGUCCAUUUAUCAGUGGACUUAUAGCCCAUUACUCAAACUGGAGAGUCAGCUUCUAUAUCAUUAUCCCAUUUGGUGUGCUCAUCAUAGCAUUGGUCUUCUUUAGCGUCGAUCAAAUUCGUCGAUCCGAUAAUGCACACGUCAACAGCAAGGACCGUCUAAAGCGCAUUGACUGGACAGGCUUCGCCAUAAAUGUACCGACGACUCUGUGUCUGGUACUAGGCUUGCAGUGGGCCGGAAUCACAUACUCAUGGCAUAAUUGGAGAAUCAUUCUGCUUCUGGUAGUUGCUGCAGUACUUCUUGCUAUAUUCCUCCUCGUGGAGUACAGAGCCGGAGACGAGAGCAUGGUCCCAUUGAAAAUGCUUCGUCGGCGGUCCGUUGCUUUUGCUAGUCUGAUUACCUUUUGCAAUUUCGCGCAUCUUGCGGUGGUCGCCUACUACUUACCAAUUUACUUCCAAGCAGUGCGCGGCGCAAGCACACUUACAUCUGGUCUGAUGUAUCUACCCUUGGCCGUGGCUUUGGCUAUCAGCGCCCUAGCUGGUGGCCCUUUGACGACUUAUGUAGGCUACUACAACCCGACCUUAAUUUUCGGCAGCGUUCUCAUGGCAGUGGGAAGCGGACUCAUAACUACACUCCGUCCUGACACUGGUCCCGAAAAAUGGAUAUCUUUUCAGAUCCUCUACGGAAUUGGGAUAGGUUUGGCUUUUCAACCGCCUUACAUCGCCGUCCAGACCGUACUACCAGACUGCCUGGUCCCCACGGCUUUGGUCAUGUUGAGCUUCGCGCAGCAAUUCGGGGGUAUCAUCAUCCUUUGUAUUGCUCAAAAUGUUUUUCUAAAUCGACUCACUCAUAACCUGACCACACAAGUACCGGGAUUGAACCCCAGUGAUGUGCUGGGUAGUGGUGCACUAGGUCUUAUUAAUAGGAUCCCAGUGGAAUUUCGGGACCAAGUCCUGGCGGCCUACAACGGGGCUCUUGUGGAUGUACUGUAUAUUGCCUUGGGUCUGACAUGUCUUGUUGUGGUCAGCACGCUCGGUAUCGAAUGGAAGUCUGUUAAGCAACGGAAGAAGGGAUAG